AUGCACACUUUCUCGUCAAGUAGGAAUUCUACUUCACCGAUCCGCUCCUUUUUGUCUACGACGGAUACCUUUGGGGUGCGGGCCAGCAACUGUGUGAGCAUCAAUUUAUCUGCGAGUUCUGACAUUGGUGUCGAUGAUUACUGGUACCCUUUCUCUCGUUUUCUCCAAAGAAGUUAAUAGUUUUAGGUGUAAUGUGACUGAAUCGUCGGGAUAUGUUUGUGGACAAAGGAUCCGCAUGAAAAAUGUUUGA